UCUUGGCCUGCGGUCGAAAUAAACGUUGUCGACAAUCUCCAGAUCGUCGAGUCGAGAUCGAUCUACCUCUUGGCGAGAGCACGCUGUAAGUUUGACAACCUGCAACGGACGGGAUGAGCGUUCUUGGCAUCGAGCCCAGAGCCAAGGCGAUGCUACUCUUACACACGAUGACGCAGUCCUUAUUUUGCGAGACGAUUUAAGCAUAUUUUCCAAUGCAGAGAAAUGCGCGUUCUGGAGUUUUCUUCUCUUCGAGCAGUAGCAGCUGACGAGCAUUGCUGGCGCGUUCAAGAUUUGGCUGGCCUUCUUACGCCACCACCGGCACUGAUACGGCACACAGUAUUUAGUACCAUCCGCGCCAUUACCUACAGUGCUAGCUCAUUGGCGCCAUGUCCAGACAUUGACGCGGCACAAUUGAGGGAGACUCCCUCGGAACCACAGCACUCUUCGAGGGGAGGACUGGACACCACUGGAGCCGCACAAAGCCCAUCCAGCAUCGCUGCAGCGCGUCGCGAUUUUACCAGUUGGCCAGAAUGGUCCGCCCCUACGUGGCAGAGACGUGGAAUGACGUCUCGACGUGGUAGCCGCUGCAACGGGCACAGGGUACGGCAACGUCGACGACCACAGGCGACAGAACAAUUAGGAGUUGGACGAUGCAGUCAAUAUGCAACAAGGGGCCAUUCCUCAGUUCGUUCAUCGCGUAUGCGCACGCUUGUAACAGCAGGCAACGAUAUAUUGUCCCCAGCCAGUAUGCGUUCGCGUGUGACCGGCCGAUCGUUUCGACCGCACAGUGCAAAGGCACCUAUACUCCCUUCCCCCUGGAUUUUCAGGGUCUUGCUGUAAAUGGGAAUGGUGUGAUGCCCUGCACUGUAUGAGGGGGGCGCGGGCGAGCGCGGCGCAAGUCGCAAACGUCUGCCAUUGGCUCUUCUGAACUGCCUGCGGGGACUGAAGGGGUGUGCUGGGAGAAGGGACCCAGAAGGACACCAACCAGACUGCGCAGUACUUUGCGAGUUUAUGGAGCCUUGAUG